AAGCAAACGAUGGAACUAGGAGUGGGAUUCGACUCUAAAGAGAAGGCUUUUAAAGAGGAUUCCAGGUUGUGAGCUUUUCAUAAAUCGAGAGGAAGCAGGGGUAGAUUGCCAUUUCUGGCCAUGUCGAGAAAUCCUGUCAGGAAACCACUGUUCAAAAUGGGAUCCGCUUAGAGAAAGCAAGUGCCAAAAUAGAGGGAAGCCCCCAGACCUACUGACAGAGCUAUGGGGUGGAACGAAGUCUUGGCUACAGGGUUCACAGUCUUCACUAUCAUUUUGCUUGUCUGCGCUGUUAUGGAUCACCACUGGAUCCUAGUCGAGACCAAGAUGCAGAAUUACUACAGCGGCAUUUGGAAAGUCUGUAUCAAGCAGGUGUGCUCUGAUCUCAUUGCCGCUUCACGUAAGUUUCCCACACCUGUGGACAGCCCCAGAUUUUUUUCCUCAGGAAUUGGUCAUUCAGAGGUUCACCUGUAAGGAAGGAUAUAAAAAGCCACCUGUCAAAGCUGCCUCAAGUCUCAGCUCACAAAAGACCAACGCCUAUGUCUUCUUAUAUACAAAGGUGUUUAUUGCAGUUCAUUGUUUGCUUGACAUCCUAGGCGCGCAGCCUUACGUCUCUUACGCUUAGACCGCUGAAGUCCCCUCUGAAUCCGUCCCUCCCCUGCACCAAUUUAAGAGGCUUGCGCUGCUCCACCUCUUUCUCUCCUUCCUUUCCGCAGGGUCCUUCUGCCCGCUGGGGUUUCGCCCUCCUGGAGUCCUCUGACGCGGAAUCAGACUGCUCUUCCCCCCUCCUGCGGGCUUUGGGACCUGGCCCCUCCUCCGGGCUCCCUGUACUUCCGCGCGCCUCUACAUUUGAACUAGGCGCGCGCCAAACCUCUAACUUUCCUUUUGACAGUUACACUACUCCCUUCACUGCUCCCCUUCCGGGAGGGCGGCUUGCUCUGACCUCCCUCCUUUCUCUGCUGCCGGAGCUGCUUCCUCUGACACACUGGAAACUCCACCCCCUUCGCUGCACUCUGGUGGGGAGGCUGGUCCUGACGCCCAGCUGCCACUUUGGGAUCCUCCGCUGGCCCCCUGCUCCUGACACCUCCCCCCUGGGGCUCCCCUGGCCUUGACCACCGGCGCCCCCCUUCUGGGAAUCCUCUGAUUCGCUGGAAAGACUCAUGGAAUCUCUUGAGUCAUUGUCAUCCUCUUCCUCGCUGGCUUGGAAUUCAUCCCCAUCGCUCUCCAUCUCCUGCCUACCCUGUGCCUCUCUCCCUGAACCCCUGACACCACCUUUUCCCCAUCCUACCUUGUGCUAUUUUUUUUAGAAAAAGAGGCACCAGAGCUCACCACAAACUUCUCCUUUGUUCUCUUAGAAUGGCAAUGGCGCCCACCUGAGAGAUACUGCAGCUGAGCUCCUGGGAGUUCUGGCUGGGGAAAAAGCCCUGUCUAUAUCACAGCUGAAUUGUGAAAGAUAAAUAAUGGCACUAGUGUGGGGUGGGAAGAGUGGAUUUCCUAAAUGCAGAAUUUGGAUUUGGGAAAAGAUGAGAGAGAGGUGGGGGGGGGGGCUUGCAAUACCUUCCAAUGUGGCCCUCUAAGUCUCACAGUCUGGCCCUCAGCACUAUCCUUAGAACACACCUCUCAGUGGCCUUGCUCUGCCUCUCGAGUGUUUUUCACCUGACAGGAACGUGUCCUUGAACUGUGGCAAUACCUCUUGCUUGUUAUGAUGGAGAGGGGCGAUUGUUGGUCUUCCUGUGUGUGGAAGCUGGCCUAACUGCGCAAAGGUGAAACUUAGAUAGUUGCUCAGAAGGGAGUGAGCUCUCAGUCUGAAAAAGGGUUCCUUCUAUAAAAGGUACAUUUCCUUGAUGGAGAAUUUGGGUUUGGGAAGAGGCAUGGGAGUGUGUGUGUGUGUGUGUGUGUGUGUGUAUGAGAGAGAGAGAGAAGGCGACCAUGGAAGAACCUCGCUAUUCCCCCACCUCUAAUAAGUCUUCCUUUGUUUUCUGUCCCACCACUGCAGCCAAUGUCUAUGGUGCCCGGACGCUCCUGGUCUUAGCCCUUUUCUGUGGAAUUGUUGGGGCCUCAUUUAUGACGUUCACUUACCGCUACUCCUCCCCUUUCACAAUAUACCGCUACCUGGUUGCUGCAAUGGGAUCUUUGAUUGCAGGUAUAAAUAAACUUAUAAAGAAGUAGAAGAAUGUUGCAUUUCAGGGCACAUACAGGAUGAGCGUACACUAAGUCAGUCCAUCUCUAACCUGGUUUUGGGGGUGGGCAGACAGCAGGUUGGAUGCUAGGUCAUUUGUGUGGGAAUGGGGUGGGGAUUAUUGUUUUGCUGCUUUGUUUUGCUUGUUUUCAUCCCCUGUAUUUUAUUCUGUGAACUGCCCUGAGAUCUUAGAAUUAAGGGUGGUAUAAUAAUAAUAAUAAUAAUAAUAAUAAUAAUAAUAAUUUGCAUCAGAGCAGCAAGGACUUCUGCCUCCUGGUGGGGGAAAUGAAGAGCAAGAGAUGUGCCAGUGAGAGGACUUUCUGAACUCCAGGGACCCUCAGCCAGUGCCCAACUCAGCUGACCACUGGCACUAGGCUUGGGGCACAUCAAUAGUCAAGCUCUCUCCCGAAGGAGCUCACCCACUUUCUCUCUCUCUCUUUUAGCUGGGGAACCUCAGAUAAGCUCCUGGCAAAGCCCAAGUUCCUCAGGGCACAGUUUGGUUUGGUUCAGGGGGCACAAACCAAAAACUGGCCUAAAAAGUAGAAGCUAGAUUGUUGCAGUUCUGCUCUCUCUGUUAAAACUUUACAGGGGACCACACACUAAAUUCCUCCUUCUGUUUUCCCUCCAGCUGCCUUGGUGUUCUUAGCUCUGAGCAUUUACACCAUCCGUAUCUCCACGCACUCCAUCAGCAGAACAGGCAAUAUCACGUACCUGUGGUCUUUUUACAUGGCCUGGACCUCCUGCCCUUCCUUCAUUUUAAGCGGUGAGUCAGGAGGGAGAAGAUAUUCUGUCCGAUUUGCAUUUAAGGACAACUCUUGUCAGAAUUUUGUGACGCAGUUCUUCAGCCAAACAACGUUGAUAAAAAAAAAUGCAUAUAUAUUUGGGGAAAGUGUGCAUUAAAAUGGAUAUAUUAGUGAAAACGAUACAUAAAAAAGGCAUUGUAUUAGGAGAAAAUGCUUGCAAACAACAACAGCACCAUGUUAACUGCAUACAAAAUGUGUUCAUUAAGAUAAAUUUGCCCUAUAGUAUUGAAGAAUUUGCAUUAGGAUUUUUAUUUUAUUUUUUACUGCAAAUUGCUGCAGAAAUGUGGAGACCUGAAUGUCACAUUGGAAAAAACGAGAAACUGAGAAGAAACCAAAGUUGACUGAUGCUUCCAUCCCUAGUGGGGAGGGAAGAGGAUAAUGUUUUAGGCUGCUUGUGGUGUGGUACGUUGGGGAGGAAUAAUAGGAAAAUGGCUGUUCUGAGUGAACACCUGAGUGCUUAAACUGGGAAGGAGUUGCCAUGCAAGUUUCUGUACCCAACACAAGCUAUGCAUCCAGCUCCUGUGUCUCGUGGACCUGCUGUCUUGGCAGUUCUAAAACCCUGUUCCAGCCUCACAAAAAGGCCUGGCAGCAAGGUGGCCAUUUUGGGGUAGCAUCAGUUUAUUCCUAUUAUCCUAAUGUGUGUCAGGCACAUGGAUGUCUCUAUCCCAAACGGGUAUCAUUUACCUUUUAUGGUUGGUGUCACAUCACAUUAUUGUUCAUUAGCCGGACAAAAAAUGGUUCCUAUUGAGAAUUUGUGCAAUUGCAUUCAGGGCCGCUGCCAUUUUCGCUUUUGGACUUUGAGACACCUGUAUCUGCACAUUCCUCUGUAUUUUGCUACCUGUUAAUGCUAAUUCUUAAGGGACUCGGGUGGCACUGUGGUCUAAACCACUGAGCCUCUUGAGCUUGCCGAUCAGAAGGUUGGCGGCUCGAAUCCCCGCGAUGGGGUGAGCUCCUGUUGCUUGUUCCCAGCUCCUGCCAACCUAGCAGUUCAAAAGCACGCCAGUGCAGGUAGAUAAAUAGGUACCACUCCGACGGGAAGGUAAACGGUGCUUCUGUGUGCUGCUCUGGUUUCGGUGUUCUGUUGCGCCCGAAGCGGCUUAGUCAUGCUGGCCACAUGACCCGGAAAAACUGUCUGUGGACAAAGGCCAGCUCCCUCGGCUUGUAAAGCGAGAUGAGCGCCGCAACCCCAGAGUCAUCUGCGACUGGACUUAACUGUCAGGGGUCCUUUACCUUUUCUUUUCUUUAUUAAUGCUAAUUCAGCAUUUUUAUGCCUGUUGAUGCUAAGGCCAUGGUUUUCAUGCAUCUACUUCUUUUUGUAAUAUGGAUGUAUAUUUCUUAGAGUUAAGGUCAUUCAGUUCCUGCUGCCUUCCCCUCCCCCUUUGCUUUGUCUUCUUCAGUGAAUGUGUUUCCCCUCCCUUCUCUUUCGUGUUGCCUUUGGCUUGGACUGUAUCCUGAGCUGGCCUCCCCAUGAAACAGACUGGAGUCAGGACUGGAAGGGCUCAUAUAUGCCUUGAUGAGUUGCAUUUCCCACCUCUGGACACUAGACGGCAUAAGAUCUCCUUCCCUGUGUGCACCAGUUCCAGUUCAGACUGUCUGCACAUUGAGCAUGAAGGGGCAAAGGGGACUUCUUGGUGCAUUCAGCUAGAAACAUGCUUAGAAGCCUCCCUGCCAUCAGAAACCCUGAUCUUAAAGCCAAGCAUACUUUGGCCACAUCCACAACAUACAUGCAAAACACUCUCUGAUCACUUUUACUUUCGCCAAGUACCUUUGGGGACUGUAGUUCACUUAAAAUACAUAAAAUGUGCUCAGGAAGUAAUGCUGUUAAAGUUCUCAUAUGUAUGUAUGUAUGUGUGUGUAUAUAUAUACAUACAUACACACACACACACACACACACACACACACACAGCCGGCAUGGCUCAUGGUAAUGCUGGUAAUCCCAAGGUUGCGGGUUCGAUUCCCGUAAGGGACAGCUGCAUAUUCCUGCAAUGCAGGGGGUUGAACAAGAUGACCCUCAGGGUCCAUUCCAACUUUAUGAUUCUAUGAUAUAGCCUAGAGAGGAAGUUGCAAAAGUGUGAGGUCACCACUGAAACUACAUUAGCCUUCCCCCCCCCCCCUUUAUUAUGCAGACGCACCAACAGAACACAAAAAACUAUACAUUUACGGCAUUUGUUAGAAAUUCUAUAUUAGCAUUUCAGCCUCCCCCAAGGUCCGGGGGGUAAGGGGAAUCCGAAAUUCUCGUCUUUAAUCUGGAUUGCACCCUGCCAAGUUCCUAUCCAGGAACUGUGCUGGAAAUGCAGAAUGUCAAAGUCUGGGGCAGAAUUCACUUGAGCCAGAUUCAUUCUCAGGCUUACCAAACUGUCAAUCCUACUCAGUGAUUUUUGCACCUUAUGCUGGUGCCAUCAUCUUUUUUUGCUUGAAUAGGUUUUAGGCCUCCUUCCACAUCAAGGCAAGCCAUUGAGUAGAUCCCUGAAACAAGGGAUCAAGGAAUAAGAAAAUAAAUUCUAAAUGAAAUAUCUAAAUGAAAUAAUGUGCCGCUUCACCACUUUGUGCUGCUACCGCCACCUCCCUCCCCUACCCCCACCCCUUCUGUAGGUUUGUUCAGCCUGAUGGCACAUCAACGUUUGCUGGUGCACGGAUCCAGUUUCUCAGAUGGAGAAAGCUCCACAAUCACUUCGAGCUCCUCAGAAUGGACCUCGAGCUCGUCGAGCUAUUUGGAGAAUUCAGAAGAGGAAAGAAAGAUGUCUGUAUCAGCAAGGCGGUCCCUUCAUAAAUAAUGGAGAGGGGUGCUUGUCUGUGUUGUGUUUGUCGGGGGCAUAUGGGUUCCAAGCAAUCCUUUGUGGUUCAGAAAUUGUCAGUGCAUGUAUGGGAGAUGGGGG